AUUGCUGUUGCGGGGCGAAAAUGGAAUUCAACAACCAAAUACGGUGGACCAACUCUCUCUUUUUAUUUUCAUUUUUAUCAACAAUCAGCAUAUUAGUAGCUGCCCUGUUCUCCAUCUGCUUCAUUCAACAUUUACAACAUACCCAUACACAGCACCAGAUCCCAGAUUAUACCCACGACCAUGGACCUGACAAUCUCCAAGCAAUCAGUCACUCCCUUUACCUUCUUUGGAUUGUUGCUCUUUCUCUACCUUCUUUUCUCCAUAUCAAGAAGCCAUCGUAGAAACAACAGUACGGCUAGAAAACCACCACCGGAAGCCGGCGGUGCCUGGCCUGUGAUUGGGCACCUCCACCUUUUAGGCGGGAAAGAGCCACCGCACAUCACCUUAGGCAACAUGGUCGACAAAUACGGACCAAUCUUCACCGUAAGGCUCGGUGUUCACCCCACCUUGAUUGUGAGCAGUUGGGAGAUUGCCAAGGAACUUUUCACUGUAAACGAUAGGGUCUUUGCUAGCCGUCCCAAAUUCUUGGCUGCCGAAGUCAUGGCCUAUAACUUCAGCAUGAUCGCCUUCAGUCCCUACGGAGAUUAUUGGCGUCAGGUGCGCAAGAUCGCCACGCUGGAGGUCCUCUCCAACCAUCGCCUCGAGAUGCUCAGACACGUGAGAGAGUCCGAGGUUAAGUCAUCCAUGAAGGAAACCUACGAUCGUUGGGCAGAGUUAAACAACAGCAGCGAUCAGAAUCUAGAAGCAGCGCCUCUGUCAUGUGAGAUGAAGAAAUGGUUCGGAGACAUAAUCUUAAAUGUUGUGUUUAGAAUGGUGGUCGGAAAACGAUUUGUUGAGACCGAAGGGAAUGAAAGGAUUCGGAAAACAUUGAGGGAUUUGUUCGACCUGAGCGGAGCAUUCGUGAUAUCAGAUGCGUUGCCGUAUCUGAGGUGGCUGGAUUUGGGCGGCCAAGAAAAGGCCAUGAAGAAGACGGCAAACGAACUAGAACAAUUUAUUCAGUUUUGGUUGGAUGAACACACGCGCAAAAGGGGCUCCGGUUCAGGGCAAGCCCAGCCUAAGCACGACGACUUCAUGGAUGUGCUUCUUUCCGUUGCUGAUGAAGCUGAAAUGAUUGAUGGCCGUGACUCUAUCACUCUAAUUAAAGCCACAAGCCUGGCAAUAAUUUUAGCGGCAACAGACACAACGACAGGGACGCUAGCUUGGGCUCUGUCUUUACUUGUGAACAAUCGCGAAGUCCUAAAGAAGGCCGUAGAUGAAAUAGACGCACAAGUUGGGGGGGAGAGGCUGGCAUCAGAAUCAGACUUGAAGAACCUGCCGUAUCUGGAAGCCAUCCUGAAGGAGACGCUGCGCUUGUACCCAGCCGCACCACUCAACGUGCCGCACGAGUCUAUGGAAGAUUGCACAGUGGCAGGGUACCACAUACCCUCGGGCACCCAUCUCUUGACCAACCUCUCAAAAAUCCAUCGGGACCCACGUGUGUAUGAAGACCCAUUGGAGUUUAGGCCGGACAGAUUCCUAAACACUCACAAAGAUUUGGACUUGAGAGGGCAGCAUUUUGAACUGAUUCCCUUUGGUACAGGAAGAAGAAUGUGCCCUGGUGUCUCAUUUGCGCUCUUGAUGAUGCAACUCACACUCACCAAUUUGCUGCAUGGCUUUGAUAUUGCAACUCCUGAUAACCAACCAACAGAUAUGCGAGAACAGGUUGGGCUCACUAAUAUCAAAGCCUCGCCUCUUCGGGUCCUCCUCACGCCACGUCUCUCCCCUCAUCUUUAUGCAUAAUGGAGACAAAGAAUGGGCUAGAUCGCUUGGCCUUUAAUUUUAUCAUCUGUCUGUUUUUGCUUUUUAAUGAGCGGAGGCUUUUUAUAACUCAAGCAUUUGAUCAUCAGCAUAUAU